AUGAAUUUGUACGUAAUGCUGAUGACGGUGUUGAUCGCCUACCUUAAUUGUUUAUUACAUGUACGAUCACAAACUCAUAGAAUAGUGGUGGUGAUAGAUAACACUAUUUUAGAAUAUAAUAAAAAUAUAGAGAAGAUACUAUCUAAUAGUGAUAGUUUGGUGGACCAGGGAGUCAAUCUGGCUCAAACAGAGUUCAAGAUCAUCAUAGCUGACAAAAACGACUCUCUAGUCACACUUGAUAAUGUUUGUGCUGAGAUGAAGAAGGGGGCAGUGGCUCUAAUUGAUAUGUCCAUACCUUCCAGCGCAGUUUUACUCAGAUCCUAUGCAAGUUCCCUGGGUAUAGCCUAUAUUUCCGUAGUGGACAAGUCCUACUUCCGGUACGGAUCUGGAGACUCGACCAUCCACUAUCAAAUCGAGCCCACAGCCGUAGAGAUAUUACAGAUAGUGGCGGAUAUUGUUAAUUUUGAUGAUCUGAAUAAUGUGGCUAUCGUCUACGAUGAAACAUUUGACAUCCAGAAUACUCCAAGAAGGAUACUGACCAAUGUUCCCGCCCAGCAUCUCUAUGUCAGAAUGAGCAGCGAUCCUACAGAAACCAAACGACAAGUUGAAAUGUUAAAAAGAAUUGAAAUUAAGAAUAUAUUUAUUAUUGGUAACAGUAGGAAAGCACCAGACUUUCUCGAAGUUGCAAAUGUUAUUAGUGACGAGUUUGAUGUCAACUGGUUUUUCCUAACUAAGGAUUCCAAGCUAACCUGUUUGAAAUGUGACAUGGAAGUACGAGUAACCAUGAUAACAGCGUCUCCACAGAACUCUGUUAAAAAACAGUAUGAUAAUUUCAUGCAGGAUAUUCUAAAUGGUGGAAUCUUUGGUCGGGAUUCCUUCAAGAUUGACGAAGCUUUGGUAUAUGAUCUGAUGAGAAUGAUAAAAAGGGGGAUAACCAAUGUAACUGAUAUCCAGCCGAUAGUUUAUAAUGAGUGUUUGAAUACCACAACUAAUGAGACCUACCUACAACAGAGUCAACAACUUGUUACAGCUUUAAAGAAUAUUGGUUUAGAAGGUGUUUAUGGACCAUUGGUGGAAGAAAAUGAUAUUACAAGAUAUAAAUUUACUUUGCUUAUUAAUCAAUUAACCUUUAAAUCUGGUAAUAACAUCAAUAAUAGAGAGGUUGGUAAUUGGACUGAAGCUGGCGAGGACGGUAGAAGAUUGGUGUUAAAACCUGGUAUUACUUCUCUAACAAAAUCCAACAAGAAAAAAUUAUACCGAGUUGUUACUGUAGCAAAC